AUGCUCAUCAGUCCUAGCGGUCUCGAAGUCGUCUGGCGGAACCUUCGUCGCAUUGCGGCUGUCCACCCCGAGCCGCGCUCGCUUCUGUUCCCCGAGGUCCCCAUUCGCGGCUCGAGAGAUGAAGGCAGGAAGCUCGCGACCGAGUCGCUUUCAGGAAGCAAUGGCGCAUCGCCGGGAAUCGCGGUAGCGCAGAUGACGCUGGAUCAGGCUAUUGAAGCCUCGGCGCGCGAGCAAAGGCAAAAGCAGCAGCAGCAGCCGCAGCCGGCACCGGCCCAGCCUGCACCGACCCAGCCGGCACCGGCCCAGCCUGCACCGACCCAGCCUGCACCGACCCAGCCGGCACCGUCACAGCCGGCACCGUCCCAGCCAGCACCGUCCCAGCCGGCACCAUCCCAGCCGGCACCAUCCCAGCCGGCACCGUCCCAGCCGGCACCGUCCCAGCCGGCACCGUCCCAGCCGGCACCGUCCGAGCCGGCAGUGACGACGCAGCCAGUUACCACGCAGCCGCAGCCUGUAACACAACCGCAGCCGCAGCCGCAGCCGCAGCCGCAGCCGCAGCCGCAGCCGCAGCCGAACGAUGGGAGCACGCAACCGCCUCUAUUCCCUGGCGUCACCCCCGCGCCCGUCGUCACCCCCACUCCCGUCAACAAUCCCCCCGUCGCCAGCGGCGGCGGGUUCGGGAUCUUCCCCACUGGCCCGGGCGGGUUCACCCCCACGCCCGUGACGCCGGAAACCCCGGCGACCCCUGUGCCCGCGCCGACUACUCCUGUGCCGGCGCCGACAACUCCUGUGCCCGCACCGACGAUCCCUGUGCCCGCGCCGACGACUCCUGUGCCCGCGCCGACAACUCCGGUGCCCACACCCAAGACUCCUGUCGUUCCCACGCCUAAGGGGCCUGUCGUCGAUCCCACGCCUAAAACUCCUGGCGUCCCCACGCCGACGACCCCUGGCGUUCCCACCCCUACGACUCCUGGCGUUCCCACACCUAAGACACCUGGCGUUCCCAACCCUGCAACUCCUGGCGUUCCCAACCCUACAACUCCUGGCGCCCCCACGCCUAAGACUCCUGGCGUCCCCACACCCACGGCCCCCGGCGUUCCCACACCUAAGACUCCUGGCGUCCCCACACCCAAAGCCCCGGGAUCGACUCCCACUCCCAAGCUCCCCCCAACGGCCCCCGGUGCUAAAAUUCCCCCCGGCGUCCCAAAUCCCAAGACUCCGCCUCUUGCGCCUGGUUCCACGGCCGCGCCUGGCGUUCCGAAUCCUAAGCUUCCGCCGCUUGCGCCUGGUUCUACUGCCGCGCCUGGCGUUCCGAAUCCUAAGCUUCCGCCGCUUGCGCCUGGUUCGACGGCCGCGCCUGGUGUUCCGAACCCCAAGAUUCCGCCUGUAGCUCCUGGCAGUCUCGCCGCUCCCGGCGGAAAAACGGUCCCCUGCGUUCCGCGACCUAAGAUUCUGCCGGGGGUCAAACCCCCUGGUGCACCUGGCUCCGCCGCUGCCCCAUGUUCGGACUCUGCGCCUGGCUCGGAUUCUGCGCCUGGCUCGGACUCUGCGCCUGGCUCGGACUCUGCGCCUGGCUCCGCCGCUGCCCCUGCUAGCCUGUCAGCGCCUGGCUCAGCCUCUGCGCCCGCUUCCGCGCCUGCCAAAGUUCCGAAGCCUGCCCCUGGCUCCGCCAAGGCUCCGGUCCUUGCGCCCGGUUCCACGCGCGCCCCAUCCGGCGUGCCCAAAAACGGUUCCCUCACCGCGCCGGCUUCGAUCCCCCCGCCGCGCCCCGCGCAGCCCUCCGCGCCGCUCCCGCAGCUCUCUACCUCCGCGAACGCCGCGUCGACCCCCUACGCGACGACCGCCUCCGCGAACACGACCGCGACGGCGGACAGUGGCGGAAGCAGCGUGUCCGCGGCUGCGGUUGCGGGGAUUGCAGUUGGUGUGACGUUGGGGUUUGUGUUGCUGGUGGUGCUGGGUCUGUACGUGUUCCUUCUGCUGAAGCGCAAGAAGGACGAGGCCGGUGGCGAGAAGGGGAAAGCGGGCGGUGCGGGCAAAGGGGCCACUAAAAGCAAGGUGCCGUUCUACGCAGCUCCGUUCAAGACGAGUAAGGCCACCGCCAAUCCGGAAAGCGCGGAUGUGCAAGACGGCGGCGAGUCCGGAGUGACGGGAAUUCCGCCAGCAGCAGCAGCAGCAGCAGCAGCAGGCGCAGUGGCGACAGGAGCAGCGGUCGCAGCCGCUACCACGGGAUCUACCCCUGCUGACAAAGCAGCUGACGUGGCAUCUGCUGACGUGCCACCUGCUGGCGCGGCGGCUGCUAAUGGCGCAGUGAGUGCUCGCCCCAACGCAAGUCCGCCAUCUGCUAAAGCCGGGAACAGCCUGACUCCUCCCCCGGGUGGCGCAAGCCCGCUGGCGAGCGCAGCGGGGGGUGGAACAGCAGCGGCAGGAGCGGGUUCGGCCGCCGGUUCGGCAGUAACUACGGCGGGCUCGGGUGCAGCAGGAGCGACGGCGCCAACUGCGGGUGCGGUUGCGGGUGCUGCGGCGGCAGUAGCGGCAGGAGCGGCGGUGGGAGCAAUAGCUGCCACCGCGGCAACAAAGACGCCGGCAGCCGCGAGAGCCGCUGCUGUUCCUGCUGCAGGCGCAUCUGGCGCGGGGGUGGUCGCAGGUGCGGCGGCAGCUAAGUCAGGAAACGACGAGGACGAAAUCGAUCCGUCGGAACAGUGGUGGUUCCCCGCUGAAGAGCUCGACCAGGCUACGGAACGCUUUGCUCUUUCUAAUAAGCUCGGAUCGGGAACUUUCGGAACGACUUACAAGGGAGUGUUGGAAGACGGGCAGGAGGUUGCAGUGAAAGUGCUGAAAGUGAAGGGUACGCUGAGCGACGACGCAUGGAAACGCGACGCGGAGGAGGUUUUCGUGAUCCAGCACGAGAACUUGGUUACUUAUCUGGGCUAUUGCCUCGCGAGUUCGCAGCGAAUGCUGGUGCAGGAAUUUGUUGCGAACAGUUCGCUUGACGCGGCGCUGCAUGGGAGUAACAAGCCAAUCCUGGCGUGGAAUUUCCGCAUGAAGAUCGCCAAGGGCGCUGCGAAGGCUCUCGCAUUCCUCCACGAAGAAUGCAAACCCCAAAUUAUUCACAAGGACAUCAAGUCAUCUAACAUUCUGCUGGAUGCGCAGUACGGGGUCAAGCUGAGUGACUAUGCUUCAGCCAAGCUGGCAGGAGAUGCUGCCCUCCCAACCAUCGUCAGCUCAGCCGGCUCUUUUGGCUACCUGGCGCCAGAACAUGCGCUCACGGGCAAGCUCACAGAGAAGUCAGACGUGUACUCGUUUGGAGUGGUCCUGCUGGAGCUUAUAACGGGGAGGAAGCCCAGUGACAAGCAGAGGGGACAGAAGGACAGCCUGGUUGAGUGGGCUCGGCCACUCCUGGCCUCCAACACGCUGAAGGAGCUGGCUGACCCGAGCCUGGAUGGCUGCUUCGGAGUGAAGGAGAUGGAUCGUGUCAUCGUGGCAGCCUCGCAGUGUGUGAGGCAGUCGGCUGUCCUCCGACCAAGCAUGAGCCAGGUUCUUCGCCUUCUGGAUCAGCAGUGA